AUGAACGGAUCGUCAUUGCCGUCGGCUUUCGUAACACGCCGCAAGGAAUGUAAAGAACCCAAGCUUCUUUUCGAAUCGUAUGGCGUCAAAGUAAGAAUUUCUGAAGAUUUUUAUUGGAAUAAAUGUUUUUGAAGGCUCUUUGUGGCAUCAUCACAGUCGCUUACUUACUUUCUUUCGUCUUUAUCGACAGUUAUGUUUUGAGAAUGGUAAAAUUGCCAUCACUCAUAUAAAAAAAUUUGGUAUAAUUAUUUUCAGGUGACGACUAAGCCUAAAGAAGCCGAACUUUGCUUGUGGCUGCUGUUAUGCGGUGUGGCGGUCGUUCUUCUCGCUCAGCUUGGCCUGCGUCGAAAUAAUCCCUUCAUGCUUUUGCCUCUUUUCAUGGCUCAGGUUUUUUUUUUUGCAAAAUUUCGAAACAACUCCAAGUGUUUUCAGAUUUUGGUGAUCAGUACCUAUGGUUUUGCCGCCUUGCACGCACUUUACAAAGUCUCAGAGAAAAUCGAAGUUUUCUCAGAGAAUCAGAUUAGUAAGUGAAUCUUUAGGGUAACUCUAUUUUGUUUUUUUUUUCCUCUGAACUUUUCAGUUUCGCUUUAGAAAAUUGGAUAAAGUGUUUUCACAUACUCUUGCUUGAAUUCUUGAAAACGGAGAAAGUUUGCAAGACUCUGAGAAUGAAACUGACAAGGUUCAUCAUAUAAUCAUGGAAAAAUUGAUAAAAGUCUUCUAACAGGACCAAUGGGCAGUUUCUGCUUUUCAGUUCAUCUAGCGGCCAUGCUGAUUUUCGCUUGGGUGGUUUUCGCCUUGCAGCUUUACGGUUUGUACGUCGUGUUUCAAUGUUUGCGCUUUCUUCAUCAGUAUAAAGUUUGUCAAUGACAGCGGAGAUUUCACGGAAAUCCACAAAUCGUUCAGAAAACUCUCGAGUACAACGCCCGACAGGACUUGAUCGACGAAGUGAUGCGCGAUAUGGGCGACGACAUCGUUAUCUUUGACAAGUUAGCUCGCUUAACGUUAUUUCUAAACUUAUAAGCUUUUCAGAACGGAUUCUCUGCGAGGUACCAGCAGAAAGUCGUCCAAACAAGUCAAAUUCAGCGAGUCAUUUCCUAAAAUUCUAAACUUCUGA